AUGCCAUUCGACUUCGAAAAAUAUGAUGAAAAAUGCUCUCAGAUGUCACCAGAACAACUACAACUCGAAUGGGAGCACUACACACGUCUCAUCAGUGGCGCGGCCGCUUCAGCCACUCUCGGUGGAUCGGCACUGGUUUUCACUGCGGGCGUCAGUAUAAUUGGAGUUGCCAUUGGGUCUGCAGGCUUCCAUAACGCUCGAAAGAAGCGUCAAAUCAUCAAAAGACACCUCGCUCGUUACAGAGAGGCGCCUACAACGCGUAGGCGGGAUGUGAUGGGGUCGGCGGCUUUUAACGGCGCUGUGGGCAUAACGACGCUCGGUUUGGGAACUCUGGGUGCUGAGAAAGUGUUGGAGUUAGGCAUAGAACAUGGAGUAUUUGGCGGCGCGGCUGAGACGGGGGUGGCAGUCGCGACUGGAGUGGUAGUCAAUGGAGUUAAUACGGCUGCCGAUGACACAUACCAUAAAGGCCUGAAGAAGAGAGCAGAGAAACGUGCGGGUCUAGCUAUCGAGGAAAAACAUAGUGACGGAAAGAAGACGAACAACGGAAAACGCAGGAAGGCUCGGAAGAAGCCACACGGGAGCUCAGUGAGCAGCUUGUCAAUUGAAACGGUCAGUGUUUAA